AAAAAUGCCCUUCUACUUCUUCUUCCCCCUCUUCCCUCGAUUCUCUCCUCUUCCUUCACUAGAUUCUUGAUCCUGGCAAGAAUAUGGCAAGAUCAAGGAGAGCUCGUCGCUGGUAGAUUGGGGCUUGAGCUCGUCGUUGGUGAUUCAAUUAACCAUGGAUUUGAAGCCCAAUUUAUCAAGGAAGAGUUGUUGAAUCUGCAGAAAAUCAAUGGAUUGGCCAUGCUAAGAGCCUCCAGUGACCUCCUCGUCAAGAACCACAAUAUUAUUACAAUCCCAGAUGUGUCCCACCGUGGACCCACGAGUUCUCCAUCUAAGAGCCAUGUGGUUGGUGGGCUAGGUUCUUAGAAUCCAGAUCUGAAUUCUGGGUAUAUUCAUGGGUACUGAAGAAGAGAAAGAGAAGGAAGAAGAGCAAGGAAAGGAAGAAAGAAGAGAAAAAGGAAAGAGAAAUGAGAAUAAAGAGGAAGAACAAAUGGUAUGCCCAUGCAAUACUAAUUAUGUUUGGUUGAUGUUGAUUGUAGGAGAAACUUGAUACACAUUCAAUUGAUCUUGAUUCUUAAGCUUUUUGUCUAUUUAUUCAAUCAAUUGUUGAAAAAUAGAAAAUUUUGGCCAAUUUUUUUGGAGUUGCAGAGUGUUGGGGGGUAGGGGAUGCAAAAUGGUUGAAGACGAUGAGCACUUUUUAUUUUGUUUUUCAUAUAUUGAGGUUGAUUUUGUUGGGGUUUUGGUCGGUUUUCAUGGUCUCAAGCUUCUUUGUAGCCUUGUCAAUGAAGGGUUUGAAGGACUUGCAGGAAUUGGUGAGGUAGAUGAGGAUCUAGGAGAUGAACAGCAAUGCAGAUGGAGAUUCCAACAACGGUGAGGCUGUCGGAAUAUUUGAAGGGGGAGAGGAGUUAAUCCAAGAUGGGAGAAUGCCACAUUGUUAAAAAAAGAAAGAAA